UGCGGUAGGUAUUCUAAAAUUGUUGAAAUGAUAUAAUUAAUUCCUGAAUGUUGAUUAGUGUGAUGAAUUUAUAGAAAUAUUGCACCUGGCUCUUAUUCAAAUGCCCAUUGUGCGGGAAAAACAGGCAAAUCUCGCUAAAGCCUCCGAGAUGAUUUGCCAAGUGGCACAAAAAAUUGAAUCUCGUCCACUUCUUGUUUGUCUUCCGGAAUUUUUCAAUACUCUCUACGUCACUGAGUAUUUCAGGAUGAAUGCUGAAACCAUCCCAAAUGGUGAAACAAGUAUUUGUCUCUCUAAUCUCUCCAAAGAGCUAAAAAUCUUCAUUUGUGGAGGAUCCAUUCCCGAACUUGAUCCAGAUGAUCAAACUAUUCUUUAUAAUACCUGCACAUUUUGGUCUCCGGAAGGAAACCUCUUGGGAACCUAUAGAAAACUGCAUAUGGGAGAUGGAGAUUCGAGAGAUUGCUCAUCUGUCAAAGAAUCUGGAAUCUUCACUGGAGGAAGUAAUCUGACUACAGUGGCAAUUGGGAGAGCGAAAGUGGGCAUUGGAAUCUGCUACGAUGUUCACUUUGAAGAAAUGUGGCGAAUCUACCGGAAUCUCGGAUGCAAUUUGCUCCUAAUCCCGGCAGCAUGGCCAAUCAGCACAGGCUCACUUUUUGCCGAGGUCUGCCAACGAGCACGAGCCGUGGACACGCAAAGUUUCGUGGCAAUGAUUUCACCAGCGCGUGAUGUAAAAUCUGAGUACGUGACUUGGGGUCAUUCUGCCGUAGUUGAUCCCAAUGGAAUCGUUAUAAGUUGCGCUCGCGCUGGAGAGGAAGCUAUUGUAGUGCCAAUUGACUUAACCGUUUGUGAUAAUUCUAGGACAAAGAGACGGACAUUUGAGGAAAGGAGAACAGAUAUAUAUGAAACUAUACUAAAAAAAAAACAAUAGGAAAUGAAG